CCCAAGUACAGGGUUUCCAUUUUCCAAAUAUGAAGAAAACUCCUCAAGCUUCGUAUUCUAGGGUUUUCUGCGAUACAAUGAAGAGUCACACCGCUAGAAGUAUGGAGAUCUCGGAGCGUUUGUUGUCCAAUGAGGAAGAACACAACGUAGUGUUCUCGCCGCUCUCAAUACAGAUGUUGUUGAGCCUUAUCGCCGCUGGCUCCAAAGGCAGCACACAGGACCAGUUUCUCGGGUUCCUCAAUUCCAAAUCCAAGGACGAUCUUUGCUCCUUCUCCUCUGAUCUCACGUCAUCUAUUCUCUUCGACGGCACCUCUAUUGGCGGCCCCUGCUUGUGCUUCUCCAAUGGCGUUUGGAUUGACAAGUCGGUCACUCUCAAGCCUUCCGUCAAACAUGUUGUUGACAACUUUUACAAGGCAGCUUUGGAACUGGUUGAUUUUCGUACAGAGCCUGAUGAAGUUAGAUAUCAAAUUAAUUUGUGGGCGGAAAAGGAGACCAAAGGCUUAAUCAAAGAUAUUCUACCUGUUGGCUCAGUUGACUUGCUAACUAGACUAGUACUUGCAAAUGCACUCUACUUCAAAGGGGUUUGGAAUAAAAAGUUUGAUGCAUCAAGUACUAAAGACCGUGAAUUUCACCUUCUGAAUGGGAGUUCAGUUUAUGUUCCUUUCAUGACCAAUAGCAAAAACCAGUUUGUUAAAGUCUUUGAUGGUUUCAAAGUCCUACGACUUCCUUAUCGACAAGGCCAAGACAAACGCCGCUUCUCUUUGUACAUAUUUCUUCCUGAUGCAAGAGAUGGACUACCUGCCUUGGUAAGGAAGCUGGGUUCUGAAUAUGGAUUCUUAGAUCUCCACCUCCCAGAUGAACUUGUAGAAGUAGGUGACUUUUGGAUCCCUAAAUUUAAGGUUUCUUUUCAGUUUGAAGCUUCCAAACUUUUAAAGGAAUUAGGACUUGUGUUGGAAGGUGCAGACCUGACAGAAAUGGCAAACUGUACCGGUGAAGAGAAAUUAAAAAUUUCAGCCAUAUAUCAUAAAGGCUUCAUUGAGGUUAAUGAAGAAGGCACUAAGGCUGCUGCUGUUUCUUCUUCUGGAGAUAUGGGAUGUUGUUUAAUGACUAUUGAAAUACAACGUAUAGACUUUGUAGCUGACCAUCCAUUCUUGUUCGUUAUCAGAGAAGACAUUACUGGCGCAUAUCUCUUCGUUGGGCAAUUACUCAAUCCCCCAAGUGACUAAUCAAUUGUGGGUGAAUGGAUUGUCUAUUGAGGUGUUCAAAUUUAUUUCCCAAUUUAUCUAGUAGUGAAGUAAAAUUUUGAUUCAGUAUUUGAUUAGAAUUAGAUUUGGU